AUGAACUAUUGCAGACCCCUUCGUCUCCCUUUGUCUGCAGGGCCUUCGCAGCCGUUCCGGCGGUUCUCGACCGUGGAGGAUCUCCCCAACCGACUUUUCCAUCAAGAAGGCAAGAUCAAAGCUGCUGCGGUGAAUUUCAGCGACGGUGACACGCUCCGAGUGCGUCAUUUGCCUCUUUUCCGAGGUGCGGGAAGCUACGACGGUAAACUGUCAGACCACACACUACAGAUCCGACUCGCGGGCAUCGAUACACCAGAGACGGCCAAGUUCGGGAACCCAGGGCAACCGUUCGGAGACGAAGCUAAAAAGUGGCUCAGUUCGACGUUGGAGGGCAGGAAGCUGACGCUCACAUUGCUGCAUAAAGACCAAUAUGCUCGUGCAGUUUGCUUGGUGCAGUACGGUUGGUGGCCCUUCAGACGUGAUGCAUCAGCAGAGAUUCUCAAAGUCGGGCUUGGGCAAGUGUAUCGCCAAGCAGGGGCGGUGUACGGCGGCAAACAGGAGAUUUAUGAAAUGCUGGAAGAGAAGUCGAAGAAGAAGAAAAGGGGGAUCUGGAGUCAGGGCAAGAAGAUGGAGAGCUCCAGUGACUACAAGGCUCGCAUGCGCGCCAACUAG